CGUAUUAUGUAUCAUUUCUUACAUAAAACAGAAAAUACAUAUUUCUGCUUAGAAUUUAUAAAACUUUAAAAUUUUGAGUGGGGGAGGAAAAUGUUCCACAAUUGUCAAGUUGGAAGGUAUUCAUAAAGAAGACAUAAAUAAUUUCCUAAAGUUCAGUGUUGGUUGAGCUUAAAGUUAUUCCAUGGUAGUAGGGCUUUUUAAUAUUUUCAAAAGGAAUCUGAGAGUUGUCAUACCGAAAAAAGAAAAAAAAAAGAGGGGAAAAAAAAAAACCCUACCACAACAUGUGAACAUAAAAAAGAAGAGAACCCCAACCAAUUGCACCACGACCGGAUGGAAGAGCCCAGCUGACACAACCAAGACACGUCUCAGUGUCUAGGGAAGCUUGGGGUUCUGCUCCUUUUACUUCAGGUGAACCUGAACUCAGUUAAUACAAUUUUGAAGCAUGCCCUGAAUAGAUUCAGUCAUUAUCAAGUCAAACUAAAAACGGUGAAAGGUUGCGACUAUUACCAAAUAGAUUAGAGCUGAGGCAAAUGGUUUCAGGAUAUGUGCUUUGUGCUAACAGCUUUCUGGAGACAUCCUGAUUAUGGCUAUCGGGUCUAGAAGAAAAAUCUGAAGACAUAAGAACUACACAUGAGGAAUAUGUCAUUUAGCACCUUCACUUUUUGAUCUCCACAGAAGACAAUGAGAAGUCACACCAUAACAAUGAUGACAACUUCAGUCAGCAGCUGGCCUUACUCCUCCCACAGAAUGCGCUUUAUAACCAAUCAUAGCGACCAAUUGCCACAAAACUUCUCAGCAACACCAAAUGUUACUAUCUGUUCCAUGGAUGAAAAAUUGCUAUCUACUGUGUUAACAACAUCCUACUCUGUUAUUUUCAUCGUGGGACUGGUUGGGAACAUAAUCGCCCUCUAUGUAUUUCUGGGUAUUCACCGCAAAAGAAAUUCCAUUCAAAUUUAUCUACUUAACGUAGCCAUUGCAGACCUCCUACUCAUCUUCUGCCUCCCUUUCCGAAUAAUGUAUCACAUUAACCAAAACAAGUGGACACUAGGUGUGAUUCUGUGCAAGGUUGUGGGAACACUAUUUUAUAUGAACAUGUACAUUAGCAUUAUUUUGCUUGGAUUCAUCAGUUUGGAUCGCUAUAUAAAAAUUAAUCGGUCUAUACAGCAACGGAAGGCAAUAACAACCAAACAAAGUAUUUAUGUCUGUUGUAUAGUAUGGAUGCUUGCUCUUGGUGGAUUCCUAACUAUGAUUAUUUUAACACUUAAGAAAGGAGGGCAUAAUUCCACAAUGUGUUUCCAUUACAGAGAUAAGCAUAACGCAAAAGGAGAAGCCAUUUUUAACUUCAUUCUUGUGGUAAUGUUCUGGCUAAUUUUCUUACUAAUAAUCCUUUCAUAUAUUAAGAUUGGGAAGAAUCUACUGAAGAUUUCUAAAAGGAGGUCAAAAUUUCCUAAUUCUGGUAAAUAUGCCACUACAGCUCGGAACUCCUUUAUUGUACUUAUCAUUUUUACUAUAUGUUUUGUUCCCUAUCAUGCCUUUCGAUUCAUCUACAUUUCUUCACAGCUAAAUGUAUCGUCUUGCUACUGGAAAGAAAUUGUUCACAAAACCAAUGAGAUCAUGCUGGUUCUCUCAUCUUUCAAUAGUUGCUUAGAUCCAGUCAUGUAUUUCCUGAUGUCCAGUAACAUUCGCAAAAUAAUGUGCCAACUUCUUUUUAGACGAUUUCAAGGUGAACCAAGUAGGAGUGAAAGCACUUCAGAAUUUAAACCAGGAUACUCCCUGCAUGAUACAUCUGUGGCAGCGAAAAUACAGUCUAGUUCUAAAAGUACUUGAGGUAAACAUACUAAAAUGAUUAUAUAAUGCAGCCUCUUAAUUCUUUGAAGAACUAAAAAAUUAGGAAACAAAGUUCUAGCAUUUACAAAACUCAGAUCUCAAAGCUCUGCUUGUAUUUGUGAUAUUUCAUUUGCUUAAUUGUAAACCAUUUCAAGGUACUAUCUUUUAAAUCUGUAUGUAAAAUCUUUUCAAAAUACAUUUUUAAGCUAAUACUCUUAACAUAGAUUGUAAAGUUAAGUGAAAUUUAUGGCUUUAACAGCAAAAUAAUUAAAGUGCCAUAGUUUCUCAAGUGACUAAAGUAGUUAUUAAAAUCAAGCACUUGAUACUAAUUUAAAGUGUGUUUAAAUGAUUUGGGAACUGACAAUGUGUCAGAAAAUGUAUGUUCAUUUAUCAUUUUAAAAUCUUGUAUAAUUUGCCACUGUAUUCAUUUAUGCCUAAAUCUCUAUAACAGAUGAAAAGAUAAUUAAUAAAAUCCUAAUUAAAAAAUGA